AUGGCCACAAUCAUGCGCAGAAACAAAGAUCCCCUGGCGUACCUUGAGCAAGUUCGGCAGCAUAUUUCUCGUUUGCCCGCUAUUGACCCAAAUACGCGAACUCUUGUGAUAUGCGGCUAUCCGAACGUUGGGAAGUCAAGUUUUCUCAAUAAGGUGACCCGUGCAGACGUUGACGUUCAGCCUUACGCCUUCACCACCAAGUCACUAUUUGUCGGGCACAUGGAUUACAAGUAUUUGCGCUGGCAAGUCAUUGACACGCCUGGUAUUCUCGAUCACCCUCUAGAAGAAAUGAACACCAUUGAAAUGCAGGCAAUCACUGCACUAGCGCACCUGCGCUCAGCUGUGCUAUAUUUUAUGGAUUUAUCAGAGCAAUGCGGCUACUCCAUCGAAGCUCAGGUUCAGUUGUUCAACAGUAUCAAGCCUCUCUUUACAAACAAACCGACAUUUCUGGUCAUCAACAAAAUCGAUGCGGCAAGAUUGGAGGAUCUAGACGAGAGCAGAUCCUCUCUCGUGCACAGCAUCGUUGAAGAGUCGAAUGGAAAGAUUCAAAUCGCUGAAAUCAGCACGUUUACGGACCUUGGAAUCAUGGAAUUAAAACAGAAGGCAUGUGAUACUCUGUUAUCGUCGCGUGUGGAAACGAAGGCUCGUGGAUCUAAAGGUGACUCUAUCUUGAAUCGCUUGCAUGUAGCCACCCCGAUUAAACGUGAUGACGUUGAACGAGUUCCAUUUAUUCCAGAGUCAAUCCGCAAUGGAACAAGAAAGAAGUUUGACCCAGAAGAUCCGAACCGCCGCAUAACGGAACGGGACAUCCAGGAACAACAUGGCGGUGCAGGUGUACACAAUAUUGACAUGAAGAAGAACUACAUCCUAGCAGAUGACGAAUGGAAGUACGAUAAGAUUCCUGAGAUUUAUGAGGGUAAGAAUGUAGCCGACUUCAUUGAUCCGGACAUUCUUACGUCUCUUGAAAACCUUGAACGUGAAGAGGAAAAGCUUGAAGCAGAUGGAUUCUACGACGAAAGUGAUGAAGAAAUUGAUGAUGAGCAAGAAGAACUCAAACAGGUUGCUCAAGCUAUCAAACAGCGCAAAGAUAAAGCCAAGUCGAUGUCUCAGACUAAGAAGGCGCUUCAGAUCAGGCCUCAGAUACCUCGUAAGCUGCAACACCGCAAACUCUCUCAAAUGACGGACAAUAUGCGUGCUGCCGGUAUUGAUCCGAGCAACUUAGAAAUGCGUGCCGAGCUCCUUGCCAAAGCCAAGGGUCUCACAGGUAAGCGCAAAAACCGCGACCUGGAAAGCACCUUGGAUUCAAAUAUGGACGAGGAGGAUGAUCAUGAUGCCUCAGCGGAUGUGGAUGACAACAUGUCGGUUGAUGAUGCUGAAGAGCCAACCCCAGCUCGCAAGAAAGUUCGUGCAGGUGCUGCCAAGGAUGCCGCCGGCUUCACUCGUGGUAAGAGUUCAACCACUGCAACCACGAACAGGGCAGGGGGUUCUAUCUCGUCGCGAGCUGGUGCAGCGCGUAUUCCUGCGCGUAAUCGCCAAUCUGAAGGUUUGCGUAGCAAGGAUCAAGAAAAGAAAGCACGUGAGCUGCAUAGCAUGGCCAUCCGUGAUCGAAACCGCGAGGCUCGUGCAGGAGAGUCAGAUCGUCGUAUCCAAGAAAGCAAGCCGAAGUGGCUCUAUGCUGGCAAGCGUGGCCUCGGCACAACUCGUAGUCGUUGA